AUGCCUCUCGAAAUCUUCGAAGGCGAAGUUCCUCCUUCCCCCCCUGGGGCUCCCUUUCACAACUUCACAACCCCGUCUGAGCACCGCACCCGUCUAAUCCGGCAAUUCCUCCAGCUGGGAAUUCAAGGUCGAGGAACUGUUUACAGCCCUACAACGCCCAAUUCGGAUCCGAACAAGGAGAAAGCCGCCCGACUCCCACCCAAAUCGACACAAUCCUCCUCCCACUCCGCCCCGAGCAUCCCCGGCCCCAUGCAUACUACACAUGCUCACUAG